AUGAAAAGAUUUUUAGAAAGCGAAAGCGCAAAUACUAAAAAACACAAAACACAGGCAAAUCGUAAAAUAUAUGACGAUAGUUACUUACAAUUUGGAUUCGUUGUAAAAUUUGGUUCUGAAAAUUCUACUCCGUUACCUCAAUGUGUAAUUUGUCAAGAAACACUUUCAAAUCAAAGCAUGAAGCCAUCGCUACUUAAGCGCCACCAAUUAUCGAAGCAUCCAGAAACAGAAAAUAAACCCAUUGAAUUUUUUCAGAGAAAAUUAACUGCAUUCCGAAAGGAAUCGAAAUGCAUGUCUAGUUUUACAAACUUUAAUGAAAAUAUCGUUAAAGCAUCUUAUUUAGCGAGUUUAAUUAUUGCUAAAGAUGGAAAACCACACACAAUUGGGGAAACACUAGUGUUGCCAGCAGCAAAAGAAAUCGUGCGAUGUGUUCUUGGAGACAAGGCUGCAAAAGAGAUUGAAAAAGUGUCACUUUCAAACGAUACUGUCAAAAGAAGAAUUGAUGACAUGUCGUCAAAUAUAAAAAAUAAAUUAUUGCUUUAUUUGAAAGAUUGUAAUUUCUUUGCUCUACAAAUUGAUGAGAGUACUGAUAUUACUAACAUGGCUCAAUUAAUGGUAUUUAUACGUUUUGAUCGCAAUGAUGAAAUUAUUGAAGAGUUUUUGUUUUGUAAGCCUUUACAAACCCACACAACAUCUGAAAUUAUUUUUACCACCAUUAACGAAUAUUUGAUUGAAAUAAAUCUGCCGUGGAGUAAAUGUGUGGGUUUUUGUUCUGAAUGA